GGCGGGCGGUGACGGCGCAGCAGCUGACUGAGGUAACGCUGUGUGCCGAGCUCCGCUUUAGUCCUCUUCAUUCUUCGGCCCUCAGUGGAGCGGCAGCCGGGAGGAGGGCGAGCGGGCUCGCCUCCACGCGUGGUCUUCGCCUCAUGUCGGCCCCGGGGGGGCGCGGGCGCUGGCGGGGCACUCACGGCCCGGCCUGGAUGCCUCUGCCCAGCCGGGGUCGGACGGCAACGCCUGCACGCAGCUCCCCAGCGUGAGCGGGGCUCCGCGACAUGGAGGGGAACCGAAUGCUGCGUGACUGUCCUGAAGAGAAGAACCGUAUCACUUCCAGGAAGGAGACAGCUGAAGGUGAUUUGAAGGCAUUUUGGACGCAACUGGAAAGUAGAAGAGUGGAUCUCAUAUUUGAGCAGGUGCAGGAAGUACUGCUGCUGCUAAAGGAAAAGAUCAAGAAUGGAACUGCCACAAAUCAAGAAUGCUGGCAGGCUUGGGCAUUGGUGAACGAAGCUGAUCUGGGUGAUCUUUUAACGUUGACAAAUGUAAAUGAUGUUCUUGAUGGAGAGAAUAUACAGGAACCCAAACCUAAAUCACAGCGUGUUGUUACGGAUGACAGCAGUGGAAACUCUGUAGAGGGUUCACACAGCAAAAAGGAGAAGAUUGAAAAAUCAGAUUCAGAGAGUGAGGAAGUAUCGAGUGAAAUUCAACGUGUACCUUUAAAUCCCCAGUAUCGGAUCCACAAGUGCUCCAGUGCAUGUCUCUCCAACAGAGCAGUAAGCUCCUACAAGGGUGAAAAUCCUCUUAAGAUACCAAUACUGUUUCACUUUCAAAGACGCCAUGCGAAAGCAGACUGCCUUUCAAAAUCACUGGAUGUGCAUUAUAAAGCUCCCUGUGGCAGAAGUCUGAGAAGUUUUCAAGAUGUUCAAAGUUAUUUGUUUGAGACAAAAUGUGAUUUCUUAUUUAUUGAUCACUUCUCUUUUAACACAUACGUCCUGUUGGGCAGGAACACUGUAAAUCCAGAACCCCUUGUAUUUGAUCUUGAUAUCAGCAAUGGAGCUGAAUCUGUGCCUAUUUCCUUCUGUAAUGACAUUGACCGUGCCAGAUUACCUUAUUUUAAAUACCGGAGGGCAUCGUGGCCUCGUGGAUAUUAUCUCAACAAUUUAUCCAGCACUUUUCUUGAUUCAUGUGACUGCACGGAUGGCUGCAUUGAUAGGUCAAAGUGUGCAUGUCUACAGCUAACUGCAAGAGGCUGCCGUAAAGUUUCUGUGUCUCCUAAUGCUAAAAUGUCUCGUGGAUACAGUUACAAAAGACUGGAAGGGCCUGUUCCUAGUGGGAUUUAUGAGUGCAGCGUGUCAUGCAGAUGUGACAAGAUGAUGUGUCAGAACAGAGUUGUACAGCAUGGCAUUCAAGUUCGGUUGCAAGUGUUCAACACAGAGAAGAAGGGUUGGGGUGUCCGCUGCCUGGAUGACAUCGACAAGGGGACGUUUGUUUGUACUUACUCAGGCAGGUUAAUGAGCAGAGCUGAAGUUCAAGAGCUGGGAGGUGCUGAUCAAGACUUGAAGGAGGAGAGUGCUGUGAAUGACAGAGGGCAAAGCUUCUUCUCCAAAAAAAGAAAACUCGACUCCAGCUGUUCAGACUCUGAGAUUGAACUCGUGCUGACUGGCAAAGAUGACAUUCUUGAGCAUCAGCAGUCUGCUGUUAAUGAAAAUGACUCAACUCCAAUUCAUCCAAGGAAUUUGAAUACUGCAGCCACGAGAAGGCUUGGAACUAGAAUAGCUGUUGUGGAUAAUCACCAGCUGAAAAUGGAAGUCGAUACACUGGUGCACAGUGCUGGCUCAGAUGAAGAUAAUAGUUCUCAGCCUCAGCAGUCAAGUGAAACAGAACUGACGAGUGGGACAAACAAAGAAAGAUCCUCCCAGAAGCAGAGGGAAGAAGACCUGGUGGAAGUUGGACAGACGGAGCCUGCUGAAAUGGACAGUGCUGAAUGCAGAAGGAAGAGUCUGUCUCUGAAGGGUGUUGCUUGUGGCAGAACAGACGUGCUGAACGAUAAAUACGUUGUGAAGCCAUCCACAAAGGUUCUACAAAAAGCUGACUGCGUAGAGGAAGCUCACAGACAGGCAAAACAAGGCAUAUUUUGUGUGGAAGCAGACGGUGACAGAACGCUUCUGAAGAAUGCUAACAAUGAAAAUAUCUAUAUACUAGAUGCCACAAAAGAAGGAAAUGUGGGUCGUUUUCUUAAUCUGCUGCCCCAAUCUCUUUGCACAGAGUGUGUUUGUAGAGACGCACAACAGAAGUUUCCCAUGGGUUGCAUUCUUCACAAACAGGCAUGUGAGAGCUGGAACUGAACUCACGUGGGAUUAUGGCUAUGAAGCUGGAAGUAUGCCAGAGACAGAGAUUUCCUGUUGGUGUGGAGUUCAGAAAUGCAGGAAGAAAACCUUAUAGAGCAAGCUUUUCUACUGUCAGCACCUCAUGUACAUAGAGAUUUAUAUGCUGUAAGGGACUGUAUACUGAGCAGUGCAGUUAAAUCUGUGGUGCUAAUUGCAUUGAACUAAAAUGCCUUUUAUCUGAUAAUUUUUUUAAUUCACAUUUAAAUGUCAUUUUUAGAGUUUACAUGGAUAAAGCUGGUUGUCAUACAGACAGGCAUCAAACUUUUCCUAGAUUAUAUUUUCUGUGCUCCUAAUCUUUCUCCCCACCUCCUCCCCUGCACCCCUUCCCGGCUCACCUUUCAUUUACAAGCUGGAAGAAAUCAUGUUUUUUCUGCAGUUUGCAACAGAAAUAUGAUGGGUGCACAACAAUGGUUGGUUAAUGUUUUCUGUGCCCUCCCACAGUGACAAAUUAGCAUAACUCAGUUUCCUGAAACCUCAUAUGAAUGGAAGUCUGUCUGUUUGGGUGCUGAGAAGUAUUUAAAUAUACCUAAGUCAAAUAGAUCUGGUGGGACAGUU